CCUUGCUCCGAGACCUACGCCGGCCCCAGAGGCUUCUCCGAGCCCGAAACCGCCGCCCUGCGCGACUACGUGUCCUCCAACCGCAACAUCAAGCUGUACCUCACCUUCCACUCCUACGGCAACUACUUGCUGUACCCAUGGGGCUACACUUCCGCUCUCCCCUCUGACUGGCGCGCCCUGGAUGACCUUGCCCGCAAGGCCAACGCUGCCCAGGUGGCUGCUGGAGGCAGCUCCUACGCCGUGGGAUCCUCCACCAACGUCCUCUACGCGGCUGCUGGCGGCAGCGACGACUGGGUGAAGGGUGUCGGCGGCGUGGAUCUGUCCUACACCAUCGAGCUGCCCGGCGGCGGCAUCUACGGCUUCGACCUGCCCGCCUCCGCCAUCUCCCGCACCGUCAGCACCUUCUGGCCCGCCGUGCGCGUCUACGGAGAGUACAUCGCCGCCCUCUAGGCGCCUCCCCUGCUCCUCCGAAUGAAGAGGAGUUCUUUCCUUCUUCUGUGCAAUUCCAUUGCACUUACAAACGUCUUCCAACAACAAUAAAUU